GGUGAAAGAACCUUGCUUUUCCCUCAGCUUUGCCUCAGGUACCUCUGCUUGCACGCCUCCACCCAACAAAAUCACCACAAUGGCCUUCGCUGGACGAUGGGAAACUGAGACCCAGGAGGGAUACGUCGAGUUCUGCAAGCUGCUCGGUAUCCCCGAUGACAUCAUCGAGAAGGGCCGUGACUACAAGCUGAUCACAGAGGUCACCCAGGACGGGGACAACUUCUCCUGGACCCAGAUCUACCCCACGAAUGCCAGAGUCACCAACAAGUUCACCAUCGGCAAGGAGAGUGAUAUGGAGACCAUCGGGGGCAAGAAAUUCAAGGCCACAGUGAACAUGGAGGGAGGAAAGCUGACCACAACCUUCCCCAACUACCACCACAUCUGUGAGGUCAGCGGAGGCAAGCUCAUUGAGACCUCCAAAGCUGGCUCUGUAGUACUGAAGAGAACCAGCAAGAAGCUCUAACUGCAGCUUGACCUUUCACCUCUUCAGUUAGGACAGUGACCUCCAAUAACUACAAUAAAUAAACUAUGAAAAUAACACUAA